CGCUGAUACAGAUCCGAAGAUGGAGGUGCAUGUCAACAAAUUUCGACUUUCCAAAUGUAUUUAAAUGGUUAAAGUAGAAGAAGAUGCUACGAAACUUCGAAAGGAAAAUGAAAUUGAACAUAUUGCUUAAGUCUUUUACAAAAGUCAAAUUGACUCAUCUGUUUUCAAUGCGGACAAACGAAGGCGUGAAUAAAACAAUUGCACGUAGUAUAACGACUUAUUAUGAUACUAAGGAUAUAUCUUUAGAGAAAGAAAUUCGUACGAAUAUGUUAGUAGAAGAAGAUUUCCUAAGUGAACACGAAGAAAUGUCGCUAUUUAAUGAAGUUGACCCAUAUAUGAGGAGGCUUAGAUAUGAAUAUGACCACUGGGACAAUGCAAUCCAUGGGUUUAGAGAAACAGAAAGAAAAACAUGGAUUGAUGAAAACCAGAAAAUUUUGGAUAGAGUUAAAGAUAUUGCUUUCCCACCAGAGGUUCCAAAGUUAGCAUAUGUACAUAUUCUGGACCUAGAAAAGAAAGGAUAUAUUAAACCACAUAUUGAUGCAGUAAGGUUUUGUGGUAAUACCAUCGCUGGAUUAAGUUUAUUGUCUUCUUCUGUGAUGAGAUUGGUGCAUGAUAAAGAUAAAAAUAGAUAUGCUGACAUAUUACUGAAGAGAAGGUCAUUAUACAUAAUGAAAGAUGCUAUAAGGUAUGAAUACUCCCAUGAAAUUCUUCCUGAAUCAGAAUCUAAAUUUAAAGGACAAAUUAUACCAAAAGACAGAAGAAUAUCAAUAAUACUCCGAAAUGAACCAAAUGUGGAAGACACAGAAUAAAGGAAUCAAUAUUUUAUAUGACCAAUGAAAUUUGUGAUCACGAUUGUACCUGAAUGCUUCCUAUGUUAUAAUCAUAGUGCAUAUUUACAAGCAUUUUUGCACUUUUUAUUCCAAAAUUUUUUACACCAUAAUGUGUACAGGCUAGUAAGACUAGUAAAUAGAGGAAGAACAAAGGCUUCUGGCAAGUCAGAAAAUAGAAAAUAAUGUACAGGCUAGUGUAAUACUAGUAAAUAUAGGAAGAACAAAGGCUUCUGGCAUUUCAGAAAAUAGAAAAUAAUGUACAGGCUAGUGUAACACUAGUAAAUAUAGGAAGAACAAAGGCUUCUGGCAUGUCAGAAAAUAGCAAAUAAUGUACAGGCUAGUGUAACACUAGUAAAUAUAGGAAGAACAAAGGCUUCUGGCAUGUCAGAAAAUAGAAAAUAAUGUACAGGCUAGUGUAACACUAGUAAAUAUAGGAAGAACAAAGGCUUCUGGCAUGUCAGAAAAUAGAAAAUAAUGUACAGGCUAGUGUAAUACUAGUAAAUAUAGGAAGAACAAAGGCUUCUGGCAUGUCAGAAAAUAGAAAAUAAUGUAUAGGCAGAAUUUUUGUGAUAUGGAGAUAAACACUUAGAAAAUGAAAGUAACACUGAGUUUUGAAGAUACGCAUACUGGACUUGACAUCACAAGACAUUUUAAACUGGCUUGGUUUACAAAGGGAAAUUAUUAAUGUGACUGUACCAUCUUGAAAGAGCACAUUUUGUGAAUUGUAGUACAUGUAUUGGAAAAAAGACAGCUAAGGACAAAGAGGAUAGUGACCAGGGUUCAAGAUUACUAUCAGAUAUGCCAUAGAAUAGGAACUUGCAGAGCAUACAUGUACAUUUAGUGCAGGUUUUUAAUAAGUGCUGAUCUUUUGUCAUGAAGAUCUAGUCAAUCCCAUAUUUGGCAUGGGGACUUAAGUUAAGUUAUGCAUUAGAGAAAAUCUAACCAGAAAUGAUGUUGGAGAGUAACGAUACAUUAUUUCAUUUUUAAUCAUAAGGCAUAUUUUUGGUAAAAGAGAUCAACUUAACCUAUUUUUAAUGCAUAAAAGAGAGACGAAAGAUACCAGAGGGACAGUCAAACUCACAGAUCGAAAACACACUGACAACGCCAUGGCCAAAAAUAAAAAGACAAACAGACAAACAAUAGUACAGAUGACACAACAUAGAAACCAAAGACUAACAGCACGAAUCCUACCAAAAACUGGGGGUGAUCUCAGGUGCUCCGGAAGGGUAAGCAGAUCCUGCUCCACAUGUGGGACCCGUCAUGUUGCUUAUGUUAUUACAAAUCCGGUAAAUAGUCCAAUUCGGUAAGUCACAUUCGUGAAAAGGCAGGAAAUUGCAGUUACGACAUAAGGAACAUAUCCCAUAUCAUCUGUGAAACGGUUAUUCCAUAACGGUCAACCAACUCGUGAUGGCAUCCGUAAAAUUUACGAAGGGAUGAUUUCAACUUCACCAUUUGGAACUCUUGGUUUAAUAGCUUCCUUGUGAGCAGCAAUCAAGGAAAUCAUGAUAGGAAACACAACCCCGGGAAUAUCGUAUCAAUUGGGAGAUAUAUACUCCGUAUGCAGGCACUGCUGGAAUGUUACUACAUAGAAAUGGAAAGUUCACAAUUGGGAAGCUGAAAUCAUCUCUUUUGUCAUAAAGUUUUGUUUUCAACCGACCCUCAUUUUCAAUUUCUAGAUGUAAGUCAAGAUAUAAGGCAGACUUAAUUGUAUCUGUAGUAUCCUUUAUCUCGUGAUAGAACUAUUCUAGACCUCCAUGAUAUAUUUAUGUAAUGUAUAUCAUGAUCCAAUUUAUAACUGCUUAAUAUCAGGCAGCAAUUAUUAUGCACAUUCAGGAACAUGCAAUGUUAAUGUGAUAUGAGAACAGUCUGCUAGACAGACAUUUACAGUGAGAUUUUAAAUAUUGUUAGCUUGCAAGGAAACAAGUCUCCCACACUUGAUUGAGAGAAAAAAAUGUAAUUAGAUUAACCAGUCAUUAUCAUAUUGAUAUUGUAAAAUGUGUUAUUGCAGAUCUUAUGAUUGUUUGCAUACUAUUUGUUCAUCUUACAGAUGAUUGUGUGUUUACAGUUUUGUUUUCUUUGUUAUGAACAUAUUUACUUUGUCAUACUAGAUUGUAAAUGUGACCAUGCUAUUAAAAUUUAUCUGAUCAGUAAAAUGAGAUGUGUGUUGUUUCAGUGACAGUUAACCAACGAAAACCCCAUAAAAUAUAUCUAGAGGUCAAAACAAAUUACAAAAAGAAUGCAAGAACAUAUAACAAAACAAAUUAGGGUCUUCAACAAUAUUUAAUGGGUGUCUACAUUAUAUAUGUCAAGCUCUAAACAACUUGUAAAUAAAUGUAACAAUGGCUGCCAAAAUUCUGUGACCAACUCCAAAUUUUCAAAAUAUGUAAAAUUGAAAUAAAUUCAUAUAAGAACA